GCCAAGAAGGAAAUAAUUAAAAAACGAAAUCCCCAAACGAGUGCUACUUUUCGUUCCUUCUAUACCUUUCUCCAGCAAAAUCUCAGAGAAAGCUUUCUCUUUGUCCAAACUCCAAACCCUAAAUUCCCCAAUGACUACAAUCAGUCUCCGAAAGGGGAACACCCGGCUUCCACCGGAGGUGAAUCGGGUUCUGUACGUCAGGAAUCUUCCGUUCAACAUCUCGAGCGAGGAGAUGUACGACAUAUUCGGCAAGUACGGAGCCAUACGCCAAAUCCGAAUCGGUACUAACAAGGACACUCGCGGUACGGCCUUUGUUGUUUAUGAGGACAUCUACGACGCCAAGACCGCGGUCGACCACCUCUCCGGCUUUAAUGUUGCAAAUCGUUACCUCAUCGUGCUGUAUUACCAGCAAGCCAAGAUGAGCAAAAAGUUCGAUCAGAAGAAGAAAGAGGAAGAGAUCGCAAGGAUGCAGGAGAAGUACGGUGUCUCCACUAAAGAUUAGUAACCAGUAGUUUCUCUGAAUUAUUAGUUUUGACGAGUAUGAAAAAGAAAAAAGGAAAAAAAAAAUGUAAUCAUGAACUUUGUAUGUGAAUUAAUCCUGGGAUUUGGAGUUUGAUAGUGAUGUAAUCUGAAACCUAGGAUUUAAAGGACUUGUUAUGAUUAUCACAGUUAAUGCAUAUGGGUAGUUGUAUUUUGCAAGAA